AUGUGGAGCGUUGUGUCCAAAGUUGGAAAGGCCGCCUACAGCACCGCCGCCAAGACAGGCCUCGCCGCCGGCACGGAACAGCCGCCGUAUCCAUGUGCUCUUCCGCUGCUCCUGCUGGAAGACUCCGACGACACGCCACGCGUGCAAGAGAUGCUAGACACCAUCUUCGCCGCUGCCAAGGACCUGCUCGAGAAUGACGCAGAGCACAACUGGCAGCUCGUUGACUAUCAGGACCCGGACAAGGGUGGCGACCUGCAUCUCUUUACACGCACGCACAUUGGUCCUUUCAACUUCGCCAAGGCGACUGUUUCGUUCAUGGGUGUGACACCGCAGCAGGUGCUUGAUACGAUGCACGGCGAUGACCCGGAGAGCCGCAAGAAGUACUCUGCCAACAUGGCCCACUUUGAGAUCCUCGCUCGUCCGACACCCACGUCUAACAUCCAGUAUCACGAGUACUGGGCGCCACCACCGGUAGCUGGGCGCGAAUUCGUCUUCCUUGCCGAGAAGAAAUAUGUAGAGGAGGACGACGUGUACUAUGUGUAUGGCUGCAGCAUCGAUUACGCACCUCGUGCAAAGAAAUCGAACAACCAUGUGCGCGCGUCUUGUCUUUGGGCAUGGGAACUGACACCAAUUGGGAACAACACGAUGGCGACAUACGUGAGCUGCAUGAACCCACGCGGCUGGACGCCCACCUUUAUGAUCGGCUGGCUCAAGUCUGAGAUAGGAAAGGAGCUGGUAGCAUGCCGCCGCGUGCUCUACGGAGAGGCAGUCAACCUCGAGCGCACGGGAGCCGACACACAGGAAACAUCAGAGGAGGGAAUAGAACAACUCAAGGAAUAUGUAUCUUGUGAAUGA